AUGAGCAGUUUCUCAAAGAACUCAACAAGAUCGCUCGCAUACCGUGCUACCACAGCUGACCUAGCUGCCAGUCUGGCAUCACAACUAGGCAAAGACCCUGAACUUCUCCACAGUCGCUCGAUCAGCAACAACGCAAUGGCGCCCCAAGAAGAGGAGAAUGCCAGUCAGAACAACCCGUUCCAGGCAGAAGACUACCAUGGCAACAGCUCAGCACUGUUCGAGUCCCCUGCUGCGCAACGCGAGACUGGCACUCUCCAACACGAGGAUCCUGAAGAACCAGCCAACUUCUCAAACAACCCUGCCUUUAAGGAGUACAUUCGUUAUAUCAAGACGCAGGCUGACGACGCUAAGAUAGCUGCGAUCCACGCAAACCUGGAAAUCAGGAAGAUCUCGGAAGCUGUGGCGCAUCUUGAGACCCAGCAAGCUACAAUAGCUAUCAAACAAGGAGCUCUCGAUACUCAAGUCGCUUGGCUCUGA